CGUCAAUAAAAUGGCUGCGCUAAGAGUAUUUAGCCGUAAUUUACCAUAUUUACGACAGCAAUUUUCUGCAUUGUUAGGAAACACAUCACCUUCAGUGAAAUUUAUUUGUGUAGUAGUGGUUAUUGGUUACGUUUUAUCGUUUUCUGAUGAUGUAAUUGACGUUCUUAGUGUGACUCCUGGUUAUUUGUUACCACCUUCUUUUCAAUUGUGGUCUACUUUCACGUUCUGGUUUCUUGAAAUACAUUUGUGGGAGGUGGUCAUCGAUAUUAUAACAGUGGGAUUAUGUGGAAAAUUGAUAGAGCCAUUAUGGGGGCAAAUGGAAAUGAUGAAAUUUUUCCUAUUGACAAAUAUUGGGGUUGCAUUUUUAACGACCUUUUAUUACUUAGUAAUAUUUGCAUGUACGGGACAAGCAUCUUAUUUAUUCGACAUACAUGUGCACGGUCUGGCCGGAUACUUAGCUGCUGUCUGUGUUGCUGUGAAGCAGAUAUUACCUGAUCACUUGUUAAUAAAAACACCUCUGGGAAAACUUACUAACAGGUCCUUACCACUGUUAAUUCUCAUAGCAGCAAUUAUUCUUUGGGCUAUUGGAGCUCUAGAAGGCACUUAUCCUUGUAUGUGGGGCAGUGGAACAAUCUUGUCAUGGAUAUAUCUACGAUUUUGGCAGAAACAUAGUAGUGGAAGUCGAGGAGAUAUGGCAGAUAACUUCAGUUUUGAUAACUUUUUUCCAACGGUAUUGCAACCAGUGGUGCGGGGCAUCCUUGGUCCACCUCACAGGUGUCUAGUAAGAUUGGGCCUGUGCUCUCCAAAUCCCCGUCGAGUGCAUUUAGCUCUUAGUCCUAGAGGUGUCACCAUUUCUAUGCCUGGUGUGGAACCCCAGGACAUGGAAAGAAGAAGACAAAUCGCACUCAAAGCAUUGAGUGAGAGAUUAUCCAAGACUUCUGAACAGACGAGACAAAAGAAUUUAUCUACCAAAGUGAAUAUGGAUACUGUGAGAAAGAUGCAGCAAUCACAUGUUAUCCCACAGUUCCCAUCGACAGAAACCACAAGUCAAGGACCACCGCCAGCACCCACAGAAGCCACAUUAGUGGACAUUGGCACAGAUCCAGUGCUACCAUCAACUACUAAACAGUCAUGAUCUUUACAGAAAUAAUUUCUUCUUCAAAAAUGUAAUGCUGUUCACAGAACCAAGGUGGAAUAUGGAUAUAUGACUAGGGAUGUGGCUGUGUAACAUUUUCAGUUAUAUUUUGGAAAAUAUGCUGAC